AUGGGCUGCGGACCUUCCCGGGCUGCUGAAGACCAGAGACGCGUGCCCGCGCCCAGGAAGGGCUGGGAGGAGGGAUUUAAGGCUGAUGUCGGUGGGACUCAUUCCAGGGAGGACAGCAGGCCCCAGGAUGAAGCUGCACUACCCAAGGACACUGUGGGCAGCCCCGACAGCCUGGAAAACCAGGCUCCAUUGGGAAGCUUACCUGGAACCAUACCAGAAAGUUCCCCAGCUCUUAGUGAAAGAAACAGAAGAAUAAAUUCAGACCUAGUGACCGGAUUAAUCCGUAAACCCCAACCCCUAGAGAGCCAAGAGAGACAAAAGUCAUCAGACAUUCUGGAGGAAUUAAUUGUUCAAGGAAUAAUACAAAGCCACAGCAAAGUAUUUGGAAAUGGAGAAUCUUAUGAUGUCAUGGUAAACACGACUCCGCUGAGAAAGCCACCAGCCAGGCUGAAAAAGCUUAAGCUCAAAAUGGAAGCAAAAGCAUUCACAGUGAACGACCUGGAAGAGAAGAUGCAGGCGGUGGAGAGGCGCAGGAAGACUAAAGAAGAAGACAUAAGGAAAAGGCUGAGGAGCCACCGACUUUUGGCCAAUCAUCCAGAUGCAGCGGAACCGGUUGGGGCUGAGGUUCCCUCUGCCAAAGGACUCGACACAGUGACCUCUGCUGAGUUUGAGCCGGCCCACCUGCAGGGAGCAAAGCCUCUGAAGAGGAAGAACAGUGCAACCUCUAGUGAAAGAAACUUCAGUUACGAAGGACUUGGGGUGGUGGAGUCAGACCGGUCCUACAACCAAGCGGAUGAUGCAUUUGAAUAA